GCGGAUCACGUGAGGCUCGCGGCGGUCACGUGAAGCGCGCGCCGGUUGCCAUGGCGAGGGCGCUGCUGCUGCCGCUCUGCUUGUGCUGGGCCCUGGGCCCCGCCGCGGCCCCCGCGCCGCCCAACGUCCUCCUGCUCCUCAUGGACGACAUGGGUUGGGGUGAUUUGGGAGCUUUCGGAGAGCCUUCUAAGGAAACUCCUAACUUAGACCAGAUGGCUGCAGAAGGGAUGCUUUUCCUGGAUUUUUAUACAGCCAACCCUCUCUGUUCUCCAUCAAGGGCAGCACUGUUGACGGGCCGUCUCCCAGUGAGGAAUGGUUUUUACACCACGAAUGCGCAUGCCCGAAAUGCAUACACGCCACAGGACAUUGUAGGAGGAAUCCCAGAUUCUGAAUUACUGCUUCCAGAGCUGCUGAAGAAAGCUGGCUACAUCAAUAAGAUCAUUGGCAAAUGGCAUCUGGGUCACCGGCCUCAGUUCCACCCCCUGAAGCAUGGGUUUGACGAAUGGUUUGGAUCCCCAAACUGCCAUUUUGGACCUUUUGAUAACAGAGCACUCCCCAAUAUCCCUGUAUACAGGGACUGGGAAAUGAUUGGCAGAUACUAUGAAGAUUUCAAAAUUGAACUGAAGACGGGUGAAGCCAACUUGACUCAAAUCUAUCUGCAGGAAGCUCUGGAUUUUAUUAGCAAGCAGCAGGCCAGCCAGCAGCCAUUCUUUUUAUACUGGGCAAUUGAUGCUACCCACGCUCCUGUUUAUGCCUCCAAAAAUUUCCUGGGCACUAGUCAGAGAGGACUAUACGGGGAUGCUGUACGAGAAAUUGAUGAUAGCAUUGGAAAAAUCCUAGCACAUCUUCAGAAGCUGGGUAUCAGUGAGAACACUUUUGUGUUUUUCACCUCUGAUAACGGGGCUGCUCUCAUUUCAGCUCCUAAACAAGGAGGAAGCAAUGGUCCUUUUCUGUGUGGCAAACAAACUACCUUUGAAGGUGGCAUGAGAGCGCCAGCUAUUGCUUGGUGGCCUGGACGUAUACCUGCAGGAAAGGUCAGUCGUCAGCUGGGCAGUGUGAUGGAUCUCUUCACCACUAGCCUCUCCCUGGCGGGACUGCAGCCUCCCAGUGACAGACAGAUUGACGGCAUCGACCUUUUACCUGCCAUCUUGCAGGGCAAGCUAAUUGACAGGCCCAUAUUCUAUUAUCGUGGCAACGAGAUGAUGGCGGUGAGAGUCGGGCUUUACAAGGCUCACUACUGGACCUGGAGCAACUCCUGGGAGGAAUACAGCAAGGGUAUUGAUUUCUGUCCUGGACAGAAUGUCUCUGGAGUGACAACACAUACACAGGAGGAGCACACUACUCUGCCACUGCUUUUCCACCUGGGGAGGGACCCUGGAGAGAAGUACCCAUUAAGUUUUGCCAGCGAUGAAUACCAAAGGGUUAUGCAGCAAAUAUAUUUUGUUGUCCAGCAGCACAAAACCACCCUGGUGCCAGGGGAGCCACAGCUUAAUGUGUGUGACAAGGCCGUCAUGAAUUGGUCUCCCCCAGGCUGUGAGAAGCUAGGGAGGUGCCUGACACCGCCUAAGUCUGAUCCUAAGAAGUGCUUUUGGCCUCAUUGAUCUUCCCUGCAGUCCUCAAGAGCUACACAGAAAAGCUAUAACCAGCCGGACAUACAGUUUACAGUGCAUGUCUUCUCAUGUUGGCACUCCUGUUUACACAGGAAGGGUGUGAUGUAUGUAUGAUAUCAUCAUUUGCUCUUCCAAAAGGGCCAGUGUUUAUAUUGCUGGUGCUCAGGGUUUAGCCUAUACACUUGUGCUGUUUCAGUUGUUUCCGUAAAUGGUAACUUUUCAGUGCAGACUGUUUCAACUGUAAAAGCUCUCUGGACAACCAGAACUCUGCUGUCACCUCAGAAAUGUCAUGGAUGCACCUUUCCUCUUGCUUCUUCCACCCAACCUACUCUCAAAUCAUUGCUCGUUAGGAUGCCCCAACAGCAGCCAUGGGGAAAGUUCAGGAAACUUGCAGCAGCCAGAAAGCCCUGCCCAAACUGCCUUUGUUUUGUUUGCCUGUAACUUGUUGUUUUAACAUUUGGUUUCCAUUGUGAACUCUUCGGGCACCAACUUGUUUUCCCUUUCUUCCUAAGCUUGUGAGUACUGGGUGCAGCUGUACAGCCCAGACUGCUGCUGUGCAUCGCUGGGUGCAAACAAGCGCUCCCUCCUGUUCUCAACAGAGGGGCUGGCUCCACGGAGGAGAACAGCUUUGCCUUCCAUCUGUAGCUGCAAACAUUCCUUAGGUAGUAGUAUAAAGAAAUUUGAAAACAGUGCUCAUGUAAGUAUUGCCUCAUUGAUGGUGUGCAGGAUAUUCUUAGGACACUGGGCAUCAGUUGUUCAUUUAUGGGGUUUUCUUCAUUUCCAAAAAUCUGGGUCCAAAUAUGGUUUAAGUUACGCUUCUGGUCUCAUGAUCUGGGCCCAGCCAACUGCAGGCUCAUAAAUGCCCGUUUACAUCAGAUGUUAACUCUUGACCCCGUUUCCAGUGUGUGCUCUCUGAGGAAUUCUCCUUGUGCAAACUUUCCACAGCCUGGGUGUAGCACUUCUUUAAAAAGAGUUCAUGGUAAAUGCCUAUCCUUUGCACAAUUUCACAUUGCGAAUUUCCCAUCUGCUUUUGAGCCUAUUUCACGCCCUUCACGAUUGCUAACAAAUGUGUCUAGAACAGAGCUGAGGAAGGUUACCAUGGGGCUUCAGGGGGGUAGUUAGAAGCAUCCCCGAAAUGCUGUUUGCACAACCAACAGCUCCACUUCUACCCCUCCAGUGUUUCAUACACUACCUGUGCGCUCUUGGCAUGGCAUUGUGCUACCUUGGGGAAGUCAAACUACUUUAUACCUGUAAAUAGCCCUACUUCCUUCCCAAGUAAAGCUUGGGGCUGGCUUGAGAUGAGUUGAGAGCUCUGCUUCUGUGGUAACUGCUGUGCUGCUGCCUGUUACAGGCUCCUCAGCUGCUUGUUCUUACCCUCACUGUAAUCCCAAAUGCUCUCCUUCUCUCCGUUCCCACGGUUUAUGCUACCUGUAAUCCCCUCCACAGUAAUUCCUACUGUAUAUCUCAUGAAGCUGGAUAAUCCUAUAAGAUUGCAAUAAGAACAGCGCUUGAGUCAGCUCUUACUCUUCCACCUACCAGAAAUCACAGCCAGCAUUUCAUCGGCUGGCAGAGCCUCUGAAUCUCUCUGUUUGCACAUCUGCAAAUGGCAUCUGUUUACAGUCCAAAUGUCUUUGCUGCCUUAUGAUGGUCCUAAUUGUCCUUCCAGGAUAUCAAAGCAUUUUCAGUUCAUCCAUAACAAUUCUCCUUGUUUUGACAUAGUGUGGAUAGCUCAAGUCUUAAAAAAACCUAAUCAGCCUGUUCUUCAGUGAUGUCAUGUGAGAAGGACUGGCAGGAGGCUCUGCAGCAGUUGUGUGCAUCUGUCAGCACAGGAGGCUGGACAAAACCCGUAACUUUCCAUUUUCUGGGUCUGGUCCACCUCUGCUUUAGUGCUUCUGUCCCCUAGAAUUGUUCAGAGCCCUGCAAGUCCAUGAUGAGGGUGGUGAGGCACUGGCCCAGGUUGCCCAGGGAAGUUGUGGAUGCCCCAUCCCUGGAGGUGUUCACACCCAGGCUGGAUGGGGCCUUGAACAUCCUGGUCUGGUGGAUGUGUUCCUGUCCUUGGAAGUGGGUUGAGAUUAGAUGAUCUUUAAGGUCUCUUACAACUUAAACCAUUCUAUGAUUCUGUGAUUAUCAGCAGAUCAAGAUACCACCAGAGGAGGGAGUCUCUCACUGCAACUCCCUGAAAGUCUUUGUCAGCCCUCAAAUAGUGAACAUGUCUGCUGCGAACUGAAACAGUGCUUUUUCUUUCUACAUGCUGCUUUUGAAAGGUCACAUCACAGGAUCACUGCUCAUCGUCUGAGCGCUAGCCUGGACAUGUUCAGUUCAAAGCACUUGCAGUAUGUGCAUCGUGAGCUUACUGGAUGCCUGCUACCCCGUGUCACCUACCUGCCUGGCUGCCACUUUGUUCUUUACUCUUCCAAAGCUUGCGAUUUUGAUGAUACUGCUUUUCCCCGAGCUGUGUAACUUGCUUGGACAAGCCAUCCUGUUCUUAGCGCACAUGGUGUUUGUCAGGUUACCCAGCAUACAAAAUCCUCAUUCCUCAUCGGAGUAAUCUCUCAGAGCAUAGAUACUGGAAGGAAACUUUGCACUGGAAAGCUGGCUGCUAUAAGUGAGUUGACUUGAUGUCUGUUUAUUGUCUACUUUGUGUCCAUUUAUUAGAAAAGAACAAAGCUUAAUGUGAAGACUCUAACACUUUAAAUAAGAGUAGUAGUUUUACAGCUGGAUAGCCAGGAAGAAUUUUAGAUCAAUAUAUUUCCCAAAGAUGUACAGAUUUUAAAGUCGUGAGAUGAAGAAUUAAUGAAGAAAAAUAAACUAAUUUAUCAGAAAUGCAUUAUACGAUUUGUCUGUGCGCACCUGUAAGACAACUGAAUAACACCUUGCUUUGGGACAGUCUCACAGAUACGCAUUCCAGAUCAUGGGACUGACUUGGGUUAAAAAUAGCUUGUUUUGUUUUCCCUGUAUUAUUUUUAACGUGGAUCAAUUUCCCAGCCCACACAACUGCCCGAGUGCAAUUCAGAGGCCGAUGUGGAGAGCGGGUGAGGCUGCAUCCAUCAGCGUGGCCACAGGGAUGAGCGCUGCCAGCCUGCAGCAAUAGUGUGGGGCAGCUCAAAAACACCGAUACAUGCCUUGGAUCACAAAGCAGCCGGCGUGUAUUACCACAUCUGCCCUAAUUAUCCUGGCUCGCUGAUCUAAAGUCGGUCUAUGUGACAGCAGCCUGGUUUUGCAAACUGCCCAUACUGGGGCAGGGGAUGGUUUUGCCAAGGCUGCCUUUGGGACCUGCCUGGGGUUGUGUGUGCAGUGGCAGUUGACAGAGAGGUGGGUUUGGUGGGGUUUACUGGCCGGUCAGGGACCUGCAGCAGCGGAGCUGGUUUGUUGGUGGCUUCCUUUCUCGAGCUGCAAGACUAAGAGCUAAAGGAAAGAUGAUGUCUUAAAGACUGCUGCUAUGUAAUGUUUCUUUAUAUUUAAAUAUGCCUGCUAAGUGCUGAAAGCUUAAUAUCUGCUUGGGCUAAGAGUCCAAGGAAUUUCUUUCUUGCCUUUAAU